GCUGCUGACGUCAUAGGACCGCGCCGCUCGUCCCAGAGACCGUGGAGGCUGCACGUGGGCUGAAGUUUGAAACUUUCAGGCCCAACCAUGGAUACGCCGCUCAGGCGCAGCCGGCGGCUGGAAGGCCUAAACCCUGAAUCCCCCGAGACCCCCAGCUCAGUUUUGUCGGCGAGACGGGCCCUUGUGGAGGUCAAGUCGGACUCAGAAGAAACGAGGGAGGCCGGGUCGCCGAGUGCGCGGCAACCCGGCCUGGAGUCCCCCCGACGUCAGCCGGAGCCAACCCCGGGAUCACCUAUUCUACGGCAGGGUGCAGGUUUGGGGUCCCCCGUUAGGGAGCCGGAGCCGGACCUAGGGUCCCUCGAACGCCAGCAGGAUCCAGGUCUGGAGUCGCCCCAGACACUUCCGGAGUCGGGUCCAGAAUCUCCCGGAUUUCAGCCAAAGCCAAGUGGGGAGUCAGCAGAGUUCUCCCAGGCCCAAGAAGAACUGGACUCGGAGUUGGCUCUAAGUAAGAAGGAGCUGGCCCCAGGAUCUCCCAGACAUCAAGUGCCGCUGGGCCCGGGAUCCCCUGAGCCUUACCCGGGUCAGCAGGCGCCGGGUCCGGAGCCCUCGCGGCCACUACAGGAGCCGACAGCCCAGUCACCCGGCUCCCCCCGGGGUCAGCACGAGCCGAGCAAGCCACCUCCGGCCGUGGAGACGGUGAGAAGCUGCCCCGGGGCAAAGAAGCGGAAAAGUUCUUCAGCCCACGCCCCAGCGUCCAAGAAGUUGAAGGAGGGGGAGGAAGUUCCUGUAAUCCCUAAAGGAAAGCCCAAAUCGGGGCGGGUGUGGAAGGACCGCUCCAAGAAAAGGUUCUCCCAAAUGGUGCAGGACAAGCCCCUGCGCACAUCGUGGCAGCAGAAGAUGAAGGAACGGCAGGAGAGGAAGCUGGCCAAGGACUACGCCCGGCAUCUAGAGGAGGAGAAGGAGAAACGCCGGCAGGAGAAGAAACAGCGCCGGGCCGAGAACCUGAAACGCCGCCUGGAGAAUGAGCGGAGGGCAGAGGUUGUCCAAGUGAUCCGAAACCCUGCCAAGCUCAAGCGGGCAAAGAAGAAGCAGCUUCGCUCCAUUCAGAAGCGAGACACGCUGGCGUUGCUGCAGAAGCAGCCACCCCAGUGGCCAGCAGCCAAGAUCUGAGCUCAGGACGGCCCAGAGGCCUUCUGUGGCCAACCGCUGUGUCACACUCGCACUUGUCGGGCCGCUGGUCACACACCUCUGCAGGACGCAGCACUCCAGCGCUCGUGCCACCCCAGCCUACCCCAGAGGGGCUCUGAGCCUUCGAGGGCUCUCAGGCCCAGAGGGAUCCUGGAGGAGGGAAGAGGUUCAGCCCCACCCCUGCCUCCUUCUUCCUCUCUCCUCCUCCAUCAAGUGCCUUGCAACCAAGAAGGGUAAAUUCUCUGGUUCCUUGGGAGCUAACAACUGGAGGGUGAAUCUCUGUCUCAAGGUCAUGGGUCCGAUCCAGGCCACGAGGCUACAGUCAGGAACCAGCUCCUCUCACCAUCCGAAAGGCUGCUUGGGGUGUCUCUGCAGCCCACUGGCCCUGUUGCCGGGCCAACGGAACCCGGCUUCCCCAACUUUUCAACACUGAAAGAUUAAGGAGGUGGCAGGGAGUGAGUUCCCCCACCCCCCAACUCCCUCUCACCCGACUCCGCAGAAGCCCCACAGAUCUGACUCACUCACACCAUCCAGUCUGUAACAUAUUUAUUGAACACCCGUUGUGUACAGGUAUAAUUCUAGGUAUCGGAAUACAGACAGAGGCCUGCCCACAAGGAGCUUUCGUUCUGAUGGAAAAAACGUAAUAAACAGGGAAACAGCAUUGUGU